CAUCUUGAGCAUCGAGCAGAUAUCGGAGCCUAGACCGCAUUCGAGGAUAACAGGAGGCACUCAUGUGGUUAAGCGUCAUGGGAAAUUUACAAUUCCGCUUGGCAGCCAGCUGAACGUUAGCUUGCCUGCUGAAAUCUCAUAUCCACAAAUAUAUAUCUAGGUAUCGGUCAGGAGGAAUAGUGUGAGCUACUCUAUCUACGGCAACUCAGAUGCUGUAAUGGCAAAAGUGGUCUAAAUAACAUACACCGUUACCUGCCAUCAGCAAAAAAGCAGCAGAAAUCAUGGCGAGUGUGUUUGUGCAGUCUGACCAGGCCAACUCUGUGUUGAAACGCCUGCGCAGGGACAACAGCUACCUGCUGGAGGAGAUCCGUCAGGGAAACAUCCAAAGGGAGUGUAGGGAGGAGAUCUGCACCUACGAGGAGGCCAGGGAGGCUUUUGAGAACGACGAGAAAACUCAACGUUUCUGGGACGAGUACGUGCGGGAGAGCAGCCCCAGUGGCGGGCUGCAGUCUGUGGUGGGAGGAGUCCACUCCCUCUACCUGAUCCUCCCCCUGCUCCUCGUGCUCCUCCUCAUCGCCGCCGUGGCCGUCACCGUGUGGCGCUGCCACUCCCGCAAGCGCUCGGAACGCGGCCCCGCCCUGGGCCACUCCCACCGAGACCCCACCCUGUCGGUGGUCUCCAUGGACCAGUUGGGGCGGGACCUCCACGACCACUCUGAGCUCAGCGUCGACAGCGGCCCCGCCUACCCGGGCUCAGGGGUGACGUCCACGCGAGGAAGCAGGGGAGACCCGCCCCCCUCCUAUGAUGAGGCCGUCGGCCACAUGGACGUGCACGUAGAGACAGAGCCACCGCCUCAGUACGACGACAUCGUUGGCCCGGGGAAGUGACGGGACGAACCCGGGCCCUGUCUCAACGCACCCCACCAGCUCCACCCAGCUACGUCACCCCCACCCCCGUUACUACACUACACUAACGUAGAGCUGUCGGAGGCCAUAACGCCCAGGCUUGUGCUGACCUUUGGAGGAGGUGGAGCCAUGGAGGGGGCAGUAGCAAAAGUUUGAUUUCACAAAACCAAAAUGUACAUUUAGUUUCCUCCUUCGUAGCUUCCUCUGUUCCACCAUAGCUGUGUGUUCUGACCGCCGUGGAGGGGCCUGCAUGGGAAUGCCGCAUGACAUUUGUGUGGUGGUAAUGUACAAUACAUUUACGCCAGGGUAAUGUAUUGUGUAAAAUAACGGCGGGAGAAACAAGGUUGUGUCGCGUACAGAGAAUUGCUUGCCGUGAUGUUUUAGCCACAUGUUGUAUACACGCUCCAUGUCCAAGAGAGGGAAUGCGUUCAAGACUGUGAUUCUCAGACCCUUUUCCUCAAGUCCCAAAUGCCACACCGUCCCCUGGCUCACUACUUCUUACCAUAUCCCUAUGGGUUCUGGGGUACAAGACGUCAUUUGGGUACCAGCCCGUGUGUCUCCUGAGGAGUGGCCUUGUUGGGCCUGCGUGGGAACCGUGAAAAUGGAAGUUGAAGAACAUGGAGCAGCAACCGGAAGCUGUCAUGUUUGUUGGGAAUACAUGCAAUAUGGUGUGUUUGUGCGUGUCAGUGGGCUUGAGUGAUAGUGCUUCUUUUUUUACUGUAGAUAACGACAGUAACUACAUUAGAACCGAUGUAGUGUAUUCGCUUUGACUGUUUGCACUUUCUGUUGAGGUCCAAACGAAGUUCUUUGGUCUUGAAUACUCACCAACUGUAGUAUUCAGGCUCAAUGCAGUCUGUUUUGUCGGGUUCUGUCCAGCACAUUGCUCAUCAAUAAUGUCAUCUGGGGGACUAACUGCUGACCGUCUAGGCAGAACUCUGCCUGAUGUUUAGCAUUAUUGAUAUGACAUAUCAACGUGGCCCUGUAGGUAUAUAGGAUUUACAAGUGAUUUACCUCACAUCUUACACCCGUUAAGACACUAAUUACAUAUUUUGUAAUACUAUGUAAAAUUUGGCAAGUAACGUUUCUUGACAUUUAGAAGUAAUUUCCGAUUGGGCCCAACAUCUGCUGGGUUUACUGUUUAGGCCAAUGUGGGAACAUGGUUUUCUUAUGUACAGUCGCCCGCUCUCCGCGGGUGACAUCCUGGCCUUUGUCUGGAUAAUGUUGACACAGUCAUUCUGCAUUUUCCACAACCCGUGGGUUUCUAAUUUGUGAGGAUAGUGAAUGUGUACGGCAGGGCUCUCCAACCCACCUGGUGUCUUAAAUCUGAAUAACUCCCUGACUAGGGACAUUGUGGCAAUUAAAAAAUGGAGUGGAACUAGCCUCAAGGGCCAGAUCUGAAUACCCCUGGUGUAUGGGCUUUCUGAUCUGUUCACGGCAGAUUGAGAGCACAGAGGUGUUUGUCUUGACCUGUGGAUCCUUGGCAUUUGUCCAGAUGUCCAUAUAACUUGUCUAGAAUGAUUGAAGUGGCCCGUAAUGGUUUUAUAUGGUUCGGUCUGGAUGACUACCCCCCCCACCAUAUUCUAUACAGAAACACCUGAGUAUGGUGAUCGUUUCUCCUGAGUGGAAAUGUGGAUUUCAGAUGAUGACAUGAAGGGUGUAAUGUUAUGACAGCAACGUGUUUUGAUUGGUUAUGGAAUGACUCUGACAUGUAGAUUGGGCUGUUUGGUUUUUGGCCAGUGACAAUUACACUGUUAACCUUUGAAAUACUGUUUUUACAAUGCCUUAUUAUUAAGCAAAACUGUGCUUCUAAAUAAAUGUUAAACAAGAAUAAUUAAUUUUUAAUAAAAACUUUAACAAAAUGUACCAAAAAAGUAAAAUUUUGGCAGACCAGAAGCAACCCUGUGAAAAUGUUCUAUUUUCAAACUUAACCAUGUAGUGAUUUAUUUACCAUUCAUAAACAGGCCUAAACAUUU